CUCCUGGGCACUCUCUUUAACUGGGGUCUCUUCGGAAUUCUUUCUGUACAAGUUUAUUUAUACCAUUUGUCCUUUCCGAAGGACAAAUGGUUAGUCAAAGGGCUUGUAUACUUUGUAUAUCUUAUAGAUACAGCACAGACAAUUUUGGUUACGCGGGACGUAUUCGUUGCAUUUGCCCUGCACUUCGGCAACCUCGACGUGCUCGACUCGAUCCAGUUGGAAUGGCUGGCGGUUCCCGUGUUCAGCAGCAUAGUAAGCUGCACUGUUCAGCUGUAUUAUGCAUAUCGCAUCGGCAUCUUGUCUGGCUCUCAGAUUCUUCGCACUUUCGUUUCUAUGGUGUGUUAUUAUCAACUGUGCAAACCUAGCAGAAUCUGA